UCUAGCCCUUUGCUCCUAUUCUUUCUCUGCGCUUUCUGUCUUACUGGAUCUUUGGAAGGCGGUGAGCUGUGAUCAUUUCUCUAUUAUCUGAUUUUCUUUUCACACUUCUUUCUACCUUUCAUUAUGCCACACGAAGAUGACGUCCCCGAUAUCCCUGAAGAGGCUCCCCUUGAGACCGACCUCUAUGAGACCUUAGGGGUUCAAGGGGAUGCGACAGCAGAUCAGAUCAAAUCCGCGUACAGGAAGCUGGCGUUGAAGCAUCAUCCCGACAAGGCGCCGGAGGAUCAAAAAGAAGAAGCAAACAAGAAGUUCCAGCAGAUCGCCUUCGCCUAUGCGAUUCUGUCCGACGAGCGCCGCCGCCGCCGAUUCGACCUGACAGGGAGCACCGCCGAGGCAGUGGACGAGGAUGACGACUUCAACUGGACAGACUUCUAUCGUGAACAAUUUUCAAGUGCAAUCGAUGUAAAGGCGCUCGACAAAUUCAAGCAGGAGUACCAGGGCUCGGAAGAGGAAGAGAGCGACCUGCUCGCGGCGUUUGAGAAAUACCGAGGCGAUAUGGACAAGAUCUAUGAGUCGGUCAUGUUGUGUAACGUGCUUGAUGACGAUGAACGCUUCCGCGCCCUCAUUGACAAGGCGAUUGCCGAUGGCAAGGUAGAGAAGUACAAGAAGUACUCCGAGGAGCCGGAAAAGAAGCGACAGCAGAGACUCAAACGUGCGCAGAAGGAAGCCAGAGAAGCCGAGGAGGCUGCUAAAGAACUGGAGGAGAAGGACGAAGUCAAGGGGACUACAAAGGCGAAGAAGGGAAAGAAAAAGAAGACCUCUGCUAUGGAUGACAACGAUCUAGUGGCUCUGAUUCAGCAGCGACAGGCUUCCCGUGCCGAGUCAUUCUUUGACCAACUGGAGGCGAAAUAUGCCCCUGGCAAGAAACGAGGGGCGAAGUUUGAGGAGCCUCCCGAAGAAGCUUUUGAAGCCACUGCAGCUCGACGCAGCUCGAAAAAGAAGAGGGCUACAUAGGUGAUGCGCGUGGACCGAACUCUAUUGGCUGAUUUUGCACUUCCUCUUGCUUCUUUUUGUUCGUUGAUACUGUCUAUUGUUUUUCUGGUGCAGGAGUUCUGGGAGACCCCUACGGAUAUUUCUUGGUCCUACUGCUUGUUUUGAUUUUAGGGAACUACAUCGUCAUACAGCGAGAUUCGAACGACCUGGACUUUUCAUGUUACAAGACAUAGGUCAUAAAGACGAAACUAAUGACUCCUUUUUUUUUUUGUGUGUGUGUGGUAAUUCUAUUGAAGGGCAUCUUAACAUUAUGAUUAGCGCACCGUGAAUCCAUUGUUCU